CAAUAUGUUACAGGCAGGGAAACGCCCUGUCGUUAACAAAGGCUCAGUCCUUUUCUGGGAAGAAGAAAAUGAAACAAAUUCUCUCCGGCACUCAAACGGAGAGUCAUGGCUGCUGCCGAUCCAGCAAAAACUUUUGAGGAUGAAGCUUCUUGUCCCAUCUGCCUGGAGUAUUUUAAUGAUCCGGUGACUCUAGACUGCGGGCACAAUUUCUGCCGAGCCUGCAUCACCCAGUGCUGGGCGGGAUUGGAUACAGAUGUGUUCUGCCCCUGCUGCAUGGAGAUCUUUCCCCAGAGGAACUUCCGAGCCAACAGACAGCUGGGGACUCUCGUAGACCUAAUCAUCGGACAGCUGAAGGAUGAGCAACAACAGGCCAAGCUGGGAGGGGAGACGGUGUGCGGGAAACACCAGGAGGCUCUGAAAUUGUUCUGCGAGGAGGAUCAAACCCCCAUCUGUGUGGUGUGCGACAGAUCCAGGGAGCAUAGGGCUCACACUGUAGUUCCCAUUCAAGAGGCUGCCCAGGAGUACAAGGAGCAAAUCUGGAGGCGGCUGGAUGUUCUGGAGAAGGGGAGAGAAGAGAUUCUGGCUCUCAUAGCGUGUGAGGAAGAGCAAAGCCAGGAACUGCUGAGACAAAUAAAAAUUGACAGGGAGACGAUGGAGUAUCGAUUUGAGAAACUGCACAAGUUUCUGAAAGAACAAGAGUGCCUCUUGCUGGCCUGGCUGGACGAGCUGGAGAAAGAGGUCACCGCCAGAAAGGAUGAAAACGUCUGCCGACUCACCGAGGAGGUUUCCCGUCUCAACACCCUGAUCGGGCAGAUGGAGGAGAAGUGCAAGCAGCCCGCGAGUGAAUUCAUGCAGGAUGUCAGAAGCACUUUGAGCAGAUGUGAGAUGGGCACAUUCCAGGCUCCAGCGCCUGCUUCUCCUGAACCGAAAUGGAGACUCUGGUUGUUUUCUCAAAAUUUCGCUUUCCUCCAGGAUGCUCUGAGGAAGCUGAAAGUGAAUCUGUUGCCUGAACCGAAACCGGACAGAGCUGAAGUGACUCUGGAUCCAGACACGGCAAAUCCCUGGCUCGCCGUGUCCGCGGAUGGCAAAAGUGUGCACUGGGGAGUCGCCCGGCAGGAUCUGCCCGACCAUCCCGAGAGAUUUGACCCUGCUCCCUGCGUGCUGGCCUCUGAGGGCUUUGCCUCUGGGAGGCAUUGCUGGGAGAUGGAAGUUGGAGAAGGGGCAGUCUGGGUCGUGGGAGUAGCCCUGGAACCUGUUAAGAGGAAAGGAGCGAGCACGUUUACACCAGAGCAGAGGAUCUGGGCCGUGCGGAAAUACUGGGAACAGCAUUGGGCGCUCACCUGCCCUGAAACUCCUUUGUAUCUACAUGGGGUCCCUAGGAGGAUCCGGAUUUAUGUGGACUAUGAAGGGGGAUUGGUGGCGUUUUAUGAUGCUGGCAACGAGGCCCCGAUCUUCACUUUCCCACCAGCCCCUUUUGGUGGCGAGAAAAUCUGCCCUUUCUUUGAGCUGCUGAGUACAGGCUCCCAGAUCAAACUGUGCCCCUGAGACAUAGGAUAAACCAUCCCAGCUUGGCCUUGGUCCUACAUACAUUAGUAAUAGUGCUUUUCCAUAGAAGCAAUCAGUGUGGUUGCCUCAGGGAUGGUUUUGUUGCCAGCGGGGGAGAAGAUGGUCCUCAGAAUGAUAAAGAAGAAGCUGGUGAAGUAAACAAUCAAUUAGGAUGUGCGCCACACUAUGAGAGACUUUUGGAGGAGCCCUGGCAUGCAGAUCACAGGGGGAGAUUUAAAGAUGAAUAUCUACUUAUCCACAGUAUGUCAGCACCUAGGAGGUCCCAACUGAAAUCAGGGCCCCAUUGGGCCAGGCGCUGCACAGACACACAGCGAGAGACAGUCCCUGUCCCAGCUGAGAUCAGCGAUCCAUUGUACAGAGCAUAGGUACCGACUCCGUGGGUGCUCCGGGGCUGGAACAUCCCUGGUGAAAAAUUGGACCGGCAGCUCCCUGCCCCAGCUCACCUCCUCCUCCUCCCCUGAGGGCACCGGGUGCCCACUUUUUCCCCCUGGCUCCCAGCGCUUGCACCGCAAAAUAGCUGAUCCGCGCAGCAAGUGCUGGGGAGGGAGGGGGAACAAGGCGCGCUCAGGGAAGAGGCGGGGCCGGGAUUUGGGGGAGGGGUCCAAUGGGGCAGGGACUUUGGGGAAGGGGUUGGAAUGGGGGCGGGGCAAGGGUGGAGUCAGGGCAAGGCCAGGGGGGCGCGAGUACCCACCACCACCAGGAAAGUUGGGGCCUAUGGUACAGAGUAUGAAACAGUCUAUGCCAGCGGUUCUCAAACUUUUGUACUGAUGACCCCUUUCACACAGCAAGCCUCUGAGUGUGACCCCCCCUUAUAAAUUAAAAACACUUAAACAUGUUUAACACCACUAUAAAUGCUGGAGGCAAAGCGGGGUUUGGGGUGAAGGCUGAGAGCUCAUGACCCCACCCCAUGUAAUAACCUCACGACCUGCUGUCGGGUCCCAACCCCCAGUUUGAGAACCCCUGGUCUAUGCCUUGAAGAGUCUGCAAUCAACAAGAGUGGGGAAAAGGCCCUUUGUUAGGUCGGGCACCAUCUUCUAUCUUAGAUACUUAUCUGGACCCCCCCAUUAUCUCAUUGCAAUGGAGCUACACUGAUUUACACCAGUUAGGGACCUGCUCUUUAACUUCUAUCUGUGGUCCUUAUGUGCCCCCCCCCAAAUACUACCUGAGCACGUCACAACAUUUAAUGUGUUUAUCCUCAGAGAACCCCUGUCAUUUAAAGAAGUGAAAAUAUCCCCAUUUUACAGAUGUGGAACUGAGGCAGAGCUAUACUUGACUACACAGGGACACUGACUGGCAGAACUAUACCUGCGUGGAGGCUUUAUUCCUGAAUAAAAGUGAUUUUAUUUUGCUUCCCUAAACAAUUAUACCUCUGUGAUCCUGUCAGUCCAUUUCACCACCCGGACAAGCCCUAAGUCGCUUGCGCAAGGUCAGACACAUGACAGAGCAGAGAACUGAUCCCAGGUCUCCCUAGACUAAUGCCCUGACCAUCGGCGCAUCCCAUCUCUCCGAGCAAUUAAGUGAUUUUUCUAAGGGCACGUCUUCACUACCUACCGGAUCGACGGGUAGCAAUCGAUCUAUUUGG